AUGGAGGCUGUCGAGUUUUUGGAGUGCCGGGAACGAGAGUGUGGCUAUGCCUCAUCGUUCCCUUUCACGCCUGGCCCCCGGCUACAACAUUCAAAGCCCCCACAGAGGUUGAGCCAGGCCCAGAAACACAGCAGUGGGAGCAGCAAUACCAGCACUGCAAACAGAUCUACACACAACGAGCUGGAAAAGCAUCGGCGAGCUCAUCUGCGCCUAUGUUUAGAACGCUUAAAAGUUUUGAUUCCACUACGACAAGAUGGCACCAGGCACACAAGGCUUGGUUUGCUCAACAAAGCCAAAGCACAUAUCAAGAAACUUGAAGAAGCUGAAAGAAAGAGCCAGCACCAGCUUGAGAACUUGGAACGAGAACAGAGAUUUUUAAAGCGACGACUAGAACAGCUGCAGGGUCCUCAAGAAAUGGAGUGAAUACGAAUGGACAGCAUUGGAUCGACUAUUUCUUCAGAUCGUUCUGAUUCAGAGCGAGAGGAGAUUGAAAUGGAUGUUGAAAGCACACAGUUCUCCCAUGGAGAAGUGGACAAUAUAAGCACCACCAGCAUCAGUGAUGUUGAUGACCACAGCAGCCUGCAGAGCAUUGGGAGUGAUGAGGGUUACUCCAGUGCCAGUGUCAAACUUUCGUUCACUUCCUAG